UUGAAAGGUCCCACACGACACGACUGACUGCAAGAAAGAGCGAAGGAAGCAAAAGCAAGCCGUCCCCAUCCUCAAAUCGAAGCAAAGCAAAGCAAAUCAAAGGAGGGAAAGAAUUCUAAAUCCCCACGCACGCCGAUUCGCCUCGUCGAUCCACGCUCCCUCUCUCCCUCACCCCGCGGGGAUCCAUGGACGAGAGCAGGAAGAAGAAGUGGGUGGCCUGGGCGGUGGCGGCCGCCAUCUUCGUCGUCCUCAUGCUCGUCACGCCCGCCAUCCCGCAGGAUGAGGCCUACCACCACUUCGCCGACCACCGCACCCUAUUCCUAGGGAUUCCUAACACCCUGAAUGUGAUUUCAAACAUCCCCUUCUUUUUCGUCGGCGUCACCGGGCUCAUCCUCUGCCACUACAAGGACUAUUUCAGGCUAAGCUCGCAGGGGGAGCUCUGGAGCUGGACUCUCUUCUUUGCCGGUGUCACUGCUGUUGCUUUUGGUUCUUCCUUUUACCAUCUCAACCCCAAUGAUGCCACACUGAUUUGGGACAGAUUGCCCAUGACAAUUGCUUUCACUUCUAUCAUGGCUAUUUUCAUCAUUGAAAGGGUUGAUGAGAGAGCAGGAGCAAAAUCCCUUGCCCCACUUGUGAUUGCUGGAGUCCUGAGCAUCAUGUAUUGGAGUUUCUUUGAUGAUCUUCGCCCAUACGCAGUAGUUCAGUUUGUUCCGUGCAUUGCUAUUCCUGUGAUGGCUAUAGUAAUUCCUCCGAUAUAUACACAUUCAAGCUACUGGUUGUGGGCAGCAGGAUUUUACCUCCUUGCAAAAGUAGAAGAGGCUGCCGACAAACCAAUCUAUAGGUGGACUCAUCAGAUUGUUAGUGGUCAUACACUCAAACAUCUAUGUGCAGCCAUGGUACCAGUUUUCUUGGCGCUCAUGCUGGCCAAGAGGACUAUUGAACCAGAAAGGGUAAGCUUGUUCCAGAAGUGGAAGAUCAGUUUGGUUACAGUGAGAGAGAGGCGUUCCAAGGAUAGGAGUACAGUUGAUGUUGAUUGCAACUAUGCUGUUGUUUCAAAUACAUCUGAACAGUAAUCACACGUGAAGCAUUCUGGACAUGUGUGUGGAAGAAAAGCAGGGCACAUCUGAAACACUAGGAUACCCGCUCCAGCUGAGUUUUGUUGCUGUUGCUACUCAGAGUGUCUUUAGACGGUCAAUCUUGUAUUUGUAUAUAGUGAUGAUCAAUAUCAGCAGUGGGCGGUAACGGAAACUUUGUUCUUUUUUCCUCACCUGUUUUACAAGACUGUUUGACAUUUGAUGUUACAUGUCAUGUCACAAAAUACAAACUAAACAGAGAUCAGAGGUAUGCAAAGAGCUUGAGUUGAGUCUUA